CAUUCGAUCGCACCCCAGGACAACUGACAUGGAUUCAUCUGAACUGUACUAUAUCAAGCAGCAAUUCGUGCUCGGUGCCUACCCUGCACUCACACAGGUCUCUGUUCCAGAUGCAUCUUCCCCAGACUACAUACCAACACUGGUCUACAAAGCUCGCGCAUUCCUUGCGCUCAACGACCCCAACUCGGCUCUGGAAUUGAUCCCAGAGGACUCUGACAAUGUUGCACUUCGCACAGUCUCCGCUCUGGCAAAGGGCGAGGAAGGUUUGGAGGUUCUCCGUGAUCUCUGUGUUGAGAUCGAAGGAGAGGAAUUCAGUCAGUGGGAAAUAGAAAUGGUUCGGGUGCUCGCAGCUACUGCCUUUAUGCGCGCCGGUGAGGUUGAGGAGGCGCUUGAGACUUUGAAUGGGACAGAGGAUGCCGGUGACGAGAGUUCUGCAAUACUAAGCCAGAUCUACAUUUCACUUUCCAGACCGAGUGUCGCCCAAAAGAUCUUGACAUCCGCCCUGAAAGUCAACCCAGACUCUCUGGUGCUCCAACAAGCGGAAGCAGUGCUUGCUUUGGUGACAGCAGCUCAAGGUUUGGGCGGAGAACCAUACUCCACGGCAAUAUCAUUUUAUACCGAACAGCUAGCCAACCCUUCUGUUUCCUCGGCUGCACUUCUCGUCGGACGUGGGGUUGCCCGUAUUAUGCGUGGUGAAUUAUCAGCUGCCCGCAGUGACCUCGAAGAAGCAGAGAGCAUCCUGACACGUGCACAAAGCAAAUCGGGAACGGGUGAAGUACUCGCCGCAAUGACCGUCACCGCAGGACUCGGCUCCGGCAAGCGUGGCGAGGCAGACGAAUUAUGGAGUCGGCUUUGCAGUGAACAUCCGUCGCACGCGAUGGUAGUCGAUCUAUCUGCAAAAGCUGAGUUGUUUGACUCAUGCGCAGCCAAAUUCCAAUUGCCCCCACGAGCCGUGACCUCUGCAUAGGAUGUAUCACUACCACGAUGUCAAAAGUAAAUGGUCAUUUCCGUCGGGUCUGCGGCGGAUAGCUGUGGCUGGCAUGCCAUUUGACGUGGCCCUAGUAGUCCAGUCUCUGACGCGAGGAACAGUUCGCAGUGGAAGAUGUGACCAACAACAUCGAAUCACAUUCCCAUCCUUGUCUUUAAGCAGAAGGAUUGUCGCCCUUAACCGAUGGUGGUGUGAGUUUCGGUGAAAAGUUAGGAUCAUUUUUCCCGGCCAACACAAAGGAGACCAGUAGUGUCGCAUAAAAUGGCAGUUGGCUGACAGAACCCACACUUCUAUUUGGAAGGCUCCACCAUCUACCCAGUGUACUGCGUGUUAAUCGAUCUGUUAAUUGCGCUGAUUAGCAGUUCUUUCGACUCGCCUUGGCAUCAGGUUGCGAUUGCCACGGCCUGUCCCUCUUUGUCAAUUGAAGCGCUUCAUGACUGC